GCGGGGACGCGCGGGGCGGGAGGGUGCCCCGGCGCUGCGUGUGAGCGAGCGCAACAGGGUAGCGAGACGCGGAAGUGAGCGGGACCUGUUGCCCGAUGCCGCCAGCCUUGGGGAAAAGUGAGUGAAGGUCGCGGCGGGGGAAGCGAGGAAGCCGCUGGCUACAGGCAUUAUUAUGACAGGAGUGGGUUUCGAACCGUGACCGAGUCCCGUGUGAUGACUGUGCAGAUUUGAAUUCGUUUCAGGUAGAUGCACUGUCAGUACCUCAAGAAGGGUAUCUGUGCUUUGGAGGCAGGUCAGCUAAGGUUUACUUGGUUGAUUCCUGGUUUGUCUUAAGGGGAACAGUGCUGAAUAAUCACCUCUAGUGUCAUUGGAGUUUGACUUUGUGGUUUCUGAGGGGAAGUAAAACAUCAUGAAGAAGAAACGUUCUAAGAUGUCUGACGAGGAUGGCAGUCUUUGCUGUUGUGAAUACAUUAACCACCACGGAGAGAGAACUCACAUACUGGCCAGUUGUUGUGACUGUGAGGAUCUGGAUGAGGCCUGCGACAGGUGUUUGAAAGGUAAAUCCGUCAGUUCACAGAAUAUUAAACGAAUAUCAGACACAGUUUCUGAUCGCCUGCGGAUCCCAUGGUUGUUGGGCACCGGUGCCAAGAAGAUUGAUGUCACAAUUUUGCCACCUCUUAUGUUCCUCCCGAUCUUCCUUCAUAUUGCAGCCCUUCACUUCUUCUUGGCACUCGUCAUUCUGACAUCCUUGCCAAUAUUGGUGCUCUGGUACUAUUAUGUCACUCACCAGAAGAAGGGGCACACGCUGUUUUUUCUAAGUCUUGGUCUCUUUUCCCUGGGUUACAUGUACUAUUUAUUUCUGACUGAGGUUAUGCCUAGAGGAAACAUAACCUCUGUGCACUUGAUUGCGAUCACCAGUGGUUUGGUCCUGACACUAACGAGUUUAGCACAGACCAAGAAGGACCCAGGCUACCUCAGAACAGAUCAUGGAAGUGUUCUAAUCAAAAAGGUUCAGAGAAAUGACAUUUCAUUGCACAAUGUGAAUGGUACAAGCCAAAUUCAGCCUGUAGGCCGGGACACGUCCUCAAAGAUGAAUCUUUCUGUUCCUAAUGGCAAGUUGCAAAUGGAUCAAACUGAAUUCAAAAAGGACUGGUGCACAGUGUGCAAGAUUUUAAAACCACCUCGUUCAGGACACUGCCGAAUAUGUGCAUCCUGUGUUCAAAGACUGGACCAUCACUGUGUUUGGAUUAACAGUUGUGUAGGUCAAGGCAAUCACCGUGCAUUUAUUCUGACCCUGUUUCUUUUCCUCCUCACCUCUCUGUAUGGAAUUAGUCUGACACUGACCACUAUAUGCAGGGGACAAAGCAUUUUCACAGCUCUAUUCUAUUGUCCUGGAGUCUACAAAGAGCACAGUACUGCUCUGUCAUUCACCUGUGUCUGGUAUUGCACAAUAGUCACUGCGGGAAUGGGUUACCUUUUCCUCAUCCAACUCAUCAACAUCAGUUACAACAUCACUGAGCGAGAAACACGCUUUGCUUUGAGAGACAAAACUGGAGACAAAUAUCUCUGUGGGCUAAUCAUAAAAACUGAUGAGUACAACCGAGGGCUCAUUAACAACUGGAAAGAAUUCCUUCAACUUCAGUCGAAUCAUCUAAAGCCAAGAUUUGAAGAUUUAGUGUAAAUGUUUCUGUUAUUUUAAUUAAGUUGUUGAGUCAUAGAUAAACGUUUAUGACCCAAUAUGUGCCUGAUACUUUAUUUUUAAAUCUACCUGAAUGAAACAGUAGCCUUCGAAACAAAUUAAUUGUAAAUGUGUCAAAAAUAAUGUCUCACACUGAAGAUAUUAGGACAUUUUCCUUGGUGCAUUGCAGUGGGGAGCUUGGUUUCAACGUGUAGGAUAUUGCUUAUCCACAAAUCCCUUUUUUUGUAACAAUAAGAUCACAGUCGAUGUAUCUUUUACUGCCCGUGUGUCUAUGUAUAUAAAAACUAUUUUCUUUUAACCAGAGUUUGUGAUUUGUUUGGAAGAACUCAUCAGGAAAUUUCAGGAGUGCAAAAAGCAGGUUGACUGUAGGACUCUAGGAUGAUGCAUAAUAUAAGGAAAAUUAAUGCAAGUAAUAUGAUUUAAGGAUAAUAUUUGGGGAUUAAUAAAGUUCUUAGUGAAAUUAAAUAGGGAUUUUGAAAAUUUCUUCCCAGGGUGUGAAUAUGGCAGGCGAGGCAAGCAUUUGGCACAAAUCAUUGCGUACACUAAAUUGUGGAGUAGUUUCAGAGUCGAUCACAUUGGUGGGCCUGGAAUGCUGUGUAAAGGGGGGAAUGAUUUCUUCCUUUAAAGGCAUUCGUGAACCAAAUGGCUUUAUGACAAUCUAGCAGUUUUGUGAUAGCCAUAACUGUUAAUUAAUCACUUAAAUUCUACAAC